UCAGUGUGUUGGUUGAGGCAACUGGGGGGUACGGGCACUGACACUGACAGGCAACAUGUCAAGUAACAAAAAUAAAUCCGUCUCUAGCCCGUUUCCCCAGCGGGUGUCCACAGCGCAGCAAACGGAUUUGACCUCAAGACCGGACGAGUACGACGAUGAUUCAGUGUUUGACCCGCAUACUCCCAGCCCUCACGAGGACAUCCUGUAUGAUGACGAUCCAUACAACAACGAGCCGUAUCGCAGCCCGGAAGAGCUGCGAACAUAUGACGAGAUCAACUAUCCGGAAGAAAUUAGAGAACGAAGUGUUAAUCCCUACAGGGACACUCUUUACGAGAUUCAAACGGAGACGGUGUACGUCGACACGGGUCCAGAACAACCCAAAACAAUUCUAACAGGUGCCAGGGGACCCUCUAGGCUGGCCUUUCGAUGCUACGUGUAUAUCCUCAUCAUCGCCCAAGUGGGUCUGGCCUCGUUGCAAUGGAUGUUCGCCACGUACGCCUGGAAGCCCAUGCUGCAACCCAUCGAACGAAACAUGAAUUUGCUGCUCCUGUUCCUGGCGUGGCUCAACCUCACCCUGGGCUUUUUCGGCUUCCGGCGGCUGCAGUUCACGUUCCCCCUUAACUGGAUAAUCUUUGUCUGCAUCUUCGAGAGCCUCACCCUGGCGGUCAUGUGCCUCAGCGCCAGCGAGCUAACGCUCACAUGGCCCUACCUUGUGGCCGGCAUUGCUGUGCUGUUUAUCUACACCCUCCUGGGUCUCUGGGUGCCGAGAAUGCUAACCGCCGACCUCUGGAUUCUGAUAUUUGUGAGCAUCACGGUGCUGAGUGUCUCCAUUAUUACGCUCGCCGCGGCUCUUGCCAUGCACCACUAUGUGCCUCUGAGCUUGUGCUUGAUCAUCUUCGGACCUUGGGCCAUGUACAACUCUCAAAAAGUGCACGUAAAAAAGCGAUCCGGCUUCACCACACACCAGUACCUGGAUGCAGCCGCCAAGGUGUACAUUAAUUUUGCCAUGACAGUCGGAUGUAUUGUCUGCAUGAGCCACAUGUCCAUCUACUAUUUGGAGGCCGACGAAUGCCGCAACAAAUGGUUCUGUCCAAGACAAUCGAUGAUGCCCUAAGACUGCUGUAUUUCU